ACUGUCAUUUUUUAUAUCAACAGUAUUUAUAUUUUAUCAGGAAAAUAUAUAAUGAAAAAUAAUAGUAUUUGAUGUUUUGUUGAUAUAUUCAAAUGGGAUCUCUACACUACACUUGAUACUUUUAUUUAAUAGUCUUCAAUAAGAAACAUUUGGGGAGAAAUAAGCGACUAUGAAUGAAAUAUUGUAUUUAAUCUUAAUAAUCCUUCUAAUAUAUAUUUCUGUUUCUUGGAUUCUUCCUCUAAUACUGUCAUGGAUUUUUGAGAAAAAGUUCCAUAUUUCUGUGAGAAUUGGAAGAAUAGCUUUUCCUUAUUUGAAAUUGUGCAAUAUUCAGAUCGUAAAAGAUGGAUUUCAUAUACAUAUAGAAGAAAUAGGAAUAAAAAGCAGUUUUCUUAAUUCUGACCUGACUAAACUUGUUACUCUUGUCGUGAAAGAUGUAAGAAUCAAUAAAAAUAUAGGCGAGGAAGAUGACAUGACACUAAUAAAUGAAACACAACUAUAUAAACCAUUUGAUUUCCAAGAUAAACAGGUUCCAAAAUUGAUUAAUACAUUUGUACAGUUUACUGCAGUUCAUAUAUACUCAAUUUCUGCUAUGUUCUUGAGGGUAAGAGAUCCUGGUUGUCUUAUACACUCAACAGCUAGUGAACUUCAUAUUGACGGCAAUAUAUUUAAAAAUGCAAAAUCUCUUCUUCUCACAUUAAAUUUGAUGGAUGCUACUGCUAAGGUUUUGAGGCAUGCUGAAAAAGAUAAUAAGGAGACAUGCUUGGCAGAGUUUGGCUUUGGGAUUUCUGUGGAAACAGUUCUGGUAGCUCAAGGACCUCUAUCAGUGGAGAAAUUAGAUAUAAAGGUACUUAAGUCCAGCGCCCAAAUCAAAGAUGGAUUUUACAACCUGGGAAGUUCAAGUAAUAACAGAAUAACCACUAGAGAAGUGCAGGAUGACAAUCUGUUUGAAAGAAUUCUUCCAAUUAUACCAAAAAAUUGUUUUAUAAGAAUUGAAGAUAUUUCCCUUAAAGGCAUCAGGGAAAAUAGUCAGGUAGAAUAUAGUUCAAGGUUGAAAAGCGUUAUCUUAACCUACAAAACAAUAAAAUCGGAAGAAGAAACUUCAGAUAAAGGUCCCAUAAUAUUCUCUUUCUACAUGAAUGACUUACAGCUACAGAAUAACAAAGAGAAAUUGCUCAUACUGAACAACCUGAAAAUAGACGCAAAGCUCAAAGACUAUGUAAUCAACUUGUACCUCCAGUUAAACACAUUACUCAUAACUUAUGUACAUACUGUAAUUUAUAGAUGGAUGUAUGACAACUUUUUGAAAGCUUAUAACAGGAAAAAUUCAAGAUAUCUCACUCGGCAGAAACAGAAUUCCGAAUCCAAUUUAGAGAAGAUGCUUAAGAAAUUAACGAUAAACAUUUGUGCUGAAUUUUGCCACGUUUCCGCUCUGUUCCAAUUGAACAAACAGAAUUCAUCUAUCGGAUUCAAACAUUUAAGAUUCAUGCUCGAUCAAGCACAAGAAAAAAGGAUAGAUGGCUCGUACAUCUCGCGUUUACCAAACCUCAUUCUCAAUCGUAGACAUUGGCAAAUCGAGAUCCUGCUGGAGUGUUUUUGGUGGUCCUUCAAACAGAAUGGUCAUGAGUUUAACAAUCCUAAGGUGACACACGUUUGGGGUACUCCUACAUACAUUGGUAUGUGUCUUUUUAAAUUCAAGACGACUGAAGGAUCGUCAGAGAUAAAAAUUGGUUCUCUGAUCGAUACUGUGCAAUUGGAAUGGUCUCUUGAACUUGCGGAGUACAUUUUAGUUGCCAUAAAAUGUAUUAAGCAAUAUAACUUAUCGAAAUCACAAGAAAUGAAGCAAAUGGAGAAAUAUCCGGAUUUCUCAGCAUUUUCCUUGAAUCUGGUAGCUUCGCAAAUCAACUUUUUCUUCCAGUCCCAAAACUCAGAGUAUUUUGUAUUUAGGUUGAACCUGAUGAAAUACGAUAGAAAUCCCAUAUCGAAUAUCGUACAAUUUGAGGAAUUCAAGAUAUUUAACUUAAUCAACGCUGGUGACUAUUAUUCUUGUAUGAGGACCGAAGAUAUAUCGAAUUAUAAGGCUUUUGUGAAAUUGAUAAAUAUGGAGUUUGGCCGAGAGGAUGGUGAUAAUCAGUUGUACAUAGAAUUGGAGGAAGAGGUUACAUUUUUUUGGUCUACCAACCUUCAUCUGAAAGCAUUCUUACUUUAUAAAGACAUAGCCGAGUUCUUAGAUAGUUUGAAGGAAGAACUAGCACUGGACUUCCAAAAUCACAAUCAUAAAAAUGGAACUGUCGUCAAAUUAAUCCUAAAAGGUUGCUUUUGCUUCAACUUGGAGAUCUCAGAGCGACAUUCUGCUAAAAUAUCAUUUUUUGAAACGGAGGUGGAUACGAACAACAUACUCGGUUUAUCUGUACAAGUAGAUUCCAUCCUCAUAGCAAUAGACAAUUCGAAUAUUUUUACAAUCAACGGUUUCAAAAUGUGUGGUUUACAAGAUCAUCCUCUGGUACGCCAAGAGAGGUUAGACGCUGAAAACCUUCAUUUGCCAUGGAACGACACGUGGAAUGUUUCCCUGGAACUCUUCAAAGUGGUUUAUCCCUAUAACCAUAACUAUGCCGAAGCUGUGCAGAAUCAACUGUUGUCCGUUAUCAAAUGGUUGAAAAUUCUACAUAACCUCAAAAAGCCUCCGUUUUCAGAGGGUAGAAAGCUACCCAGAGAUCUGAUUAUAAACGUUAACGAAUUUCUGUUUGAAAUGAGUGACGAUCCCUUCGAGGUAAAACUACGAGAUAACUUUGAGCUUCUGGUAGACGAAUACAACGAGAGUUUAAAGAGACAAAAAGUGCUAAAAGAGAAGGUCGCUCAACUCUGUAAAGUCUACUUACACUUACCAGCCGGUACAGUGGACGAUCUAUACACCAAAUUAAAACAGAAGAACGCAGAGAUCUACAUUCAACGGUCCAAACAAAUGCAGCAGACUGCGGCAAGAACAAGAUUGUUUGCUUGGAGCAUGACCAAAUUAGAAAUCAUCGUGUUGGCCGAUCCUUCCAUAUACGGUUUGAACAACGUUAUGAACCUGAUGAGAGAAAUAGACUCCGAAGCACCUUGGCCAGAGGAAGGCAUCGAAUUUUCCACCCUUUGGUGCAGGAUCGUGUCUCUGCGGUGCAGAGAGUGGAAAUUUCAACUGAGAGAUUUCCCGCAACCGUUGAUGGAUAUAAGACAGUUUUUCAUCAACGGUACUCUCAUUGGGGCCGAGCAACAAGCGCCUAAAAGAGCUAUUCGAACGGUCAAAGUAGAACUCGGAGAACCCUUUGAGCCUUUCGAAGUCGAAAGAGGAAUGCUACCAAUGAAGUACUACCACGAUUUCAACUGCGAGGUGAAGUCUUACAGAUAUGCUUUUGGGCCGUGCUGGGAACCUGUCAUAGCAAUGUGCAAUUUGUGUUUUGAGAAGAUUAUCCCACCUACGAGGGAUCCAUCUCCCCCUUUACCUUUUUGGGAUAAAAUGAGGUUAUUUCUGCACGGCAGACUUACAAUGGUGGUAGAUCAGCUAACCGUCUUGCUGCACGCCUCCUUGGAUCCUUACAACACAACCGAGGAGAUGGAGCUGACUUGGAACAAUCUCAUAAUGGACUGGACCAAUGCAAAAUUCAUCUAUAAGGGAGAUCUGAACAUUUUCGUGAGAACCGCUUCAAAAUACGACGAUUGUCAACUGCUACACUUGCCGAAUUUGAAGCUCAUCUUGGGCAUUAAGUGGAACUGCUUGAGUGAUCCGAACGAUCAUCAUAACGUUGUCCAAUGUGCUCCUGAUAAGAUACCCGAGUACUCCAGCAAUCAAGUCCACGAUUCAUUUCGAGCCUUCAGAUCUCAGAACGUGAGCCUCAGCAUAGUCCUGGAGACUCGACCACCUACUCCUCAACAUCCAUCGAUAAACUUCGACAACCCCACUCUGGUACUGUACGGUAGCACCUUACGUUGGAUAGAGAACCUCAAGCUUAUCCUUUCGGGGGUCACUAGACCCACCAAACGAGGCAGGAUAUUUGCCAACGUUAGGCCCAGGAAGAUCCAGUUGAGCAGGCAUUACAAGAAGGUCCACCUGAUUGUAGGCCUGCAUAAGUUCCAAGUGUGUUACUGGUUGUCCUACGCCAUGCAGAGAGGUUGCGAAAUGUUGGGCGACCGUCUGUCGUCCACAUCGGAGCACGUUCUAUCUCUCGUACCCAUAGAUGACGGCCUCAAGCACCGCCCAAAGGCGGAGUGGUCCAUCCUUUACAUGACCUCGUACCUCAACGACUCCGAGAUCUGGCUGAAGAGCGCUUUGCACGAUGAUACGGACGCGGAGAAGGUCGCCGUGCCCCUUCAACAACCGGUGGAGAAGUGUUUCUGCCUUUCCGUCGCCAAGGUUUCCUACGGAAGAGAGGCGGUGGUGCCAACCCUAGACUUCAACGACAGGAACAAGGACACGCCCACUCAUAGACUGGUCGUUUACGAUCUGAAGGGGGCGUGGACUAAGAGCAACAGGAAUGUAGCGUUGGCUUUAUAUGAUACGUUCAUGAAGAGUAGGCAAUUGAAGAAGAACCUUUCUACUGAUUUGUUGAAGAUAUUCAGGAAAGAUAGUAACAGCACUCCCCUGAAGAGAAGGAAUACCAAAGAGUGUCCUGGUACACCACCGAAUGCUUCUUUACAGGGACUGCAGCCUUCUGCUUCUGUCCAGGAUGGAACUCCAGGAAGUCAAGGUACAAAAUUGCAGAUGGGACAAGCUGCGAACAUGUUGCAACAGUUGAUAGCAGAAGCUGAGAACAACUCUGUAGUGUAUAGCGAUGAUUUGUCUGCUACAAGACAGCAACAUUUGCAAGGACUACAAGCCUGUCAAGAAGAUGAUGUCCAGUAUAAAAAUUGGCAAAUUUCUCUCGUGAAUGCUCAAGUUCUUCUGAAAGGAUGUGAAACCAAGGGAUACGUUAUCCUGAGUGCCGCCAAGGCCGACAUCCUCCAAAGGAUACACAGGCCAGCUUGGAAGGACAGGACCUUGGUGUCCAAAACAACCUGGACAGGACUUUUAGAGUGCAUGCAGUAUUACGCGACUGUCAAUGCUGGAGAAAACGACUGUUUUAAUGAGAACAUUAUGUGGUUAACAAUAAACAAUAUUCAAGAAAAAGAAUCAACACAGAUCUCAGAACCUUCGGAAGUGCCCAACAUGGUGGGCAGUGGCGUCUCAGUUGGUGCUGUUGUAAGCGACACUGUUGGACCUACAAACUCUAGUCAGUUACAAAGGAUUGUGUCUAGGUGUAAAUGUGAAUUUUUUUACGCGAACUAUGGUGACAUCAGUGUGGAUCCAGAGAACCUCUGCGAAGUGCCCCCACCACCUCAAGAAGAGGUGGAUCCGUGGAAUAGAAGCCAGGGAGCUGUAGACGCUUUCACUCUGAUGCAUCACGAUCUUGAAGUCUGCACGAACUCCCUGCAGUAUGCGAUGCUUCUGGAUAUCGUCAACAAUCUGCUCUUGUAUGUUGAGCCUCACAGGAAAGAAGCCUUGGAAAAAUUGGCCAGGAUGAGGUUUCAGCUGCAACUGCAUAGCGUUGAGGAUCAAAGAAAACCUAUACAAAAUCAACAAACAGUUGUGAGGACAACGAUAAGCAAACUUAGAAGAUUGGAGAAAAAUUCCUAUUUGAUAAGCAAGGCUCUUGCAGAAAAUGCCGAAGACAUGGAACUUUUGAAAGAAUUGAACAUUCUACUCAAAGAGGUUGAUGAUUGCAAAAACCAGCUUAACGCAGCGAGCGAGGAGCUCGAUAUGAUGCUGUCUUGCUUUAAAGAAGGACAGCUCUUGGCCAACAGCAGGCUUGCCACUACAAGGAGUGAUAAGCCCAUUACUGUUGUCAGAUCUAAUGAAAUAUGUUUUAAACACGCACAAUGGAGACUUACAGAAGCCGAUGGUUUAAUUGGGAUCGCAGAUUUGGUUCUGAGCAAUUUUUUGUAUACAAAAAAAUCGAAUAGUGAUGAUUCAGUUGUUCAUCUUUUGGAGUUGGGAUAUUUGAGAAUGACUAAUUUGUUGCCUAAUGAGAUUUACAAAGAGGUCAUCUGCCCUACUGAGAUACAGUUUGAAAUGCCCAUCGAACACAAGAAGGUGUUGAGGAUAUUCUGUAGAGAGAAACCACCAGUGGGAGGAAUUUCCGUAAAAGAACACUUUGAAAUUAAUCUUGUUCCUCUAAAAAUAGAAUUAACUAAGAAAUUCUAUAACACCAUGAUGAAGUUCUGUUUUCCGGAAAGAGAUACGGAACACCCAGAAUACUCUGACAGAAUGUCUGAUGAUGGAGAAUUGGAAAGCAAAGGCCACAAAAAGACUAAAGCAAACAAGAAAAACAGGGAUUCGAACUUCUAUGUUCCAAUAGACGAUGUAGAAAUAAUGAAGGAAAGAGCGGAGAAGAAUAAACUGUUUGUUUAUAUCAAAAUACCAGAGGUGCCGAUUCGCUUGAGUUACAAAGGGUCCAAAGAAAAGAAUUUGGAGGAUUUGAGAGACAUAUCGUUAGUUAUACCAACUUUAGAGUAUCAUAAUAUGACUUGGACUUGGUUAGAUCUUUUAAUGGCGAUAAGAAAUGACAGUAAAAGCAUAUCAGUGGUUUCUCAGGCCAUCAAGCAGAAACUUAUCAAGAGAAAAACUGGAUCUUCUGAGGAAAGUUACUCCCCACAAGAGGAAGAUAAAGCAAGAAUGCUUUUUGGUGAAAGACAUGCUCCAGAAAAUAAAAGUAUCAGAAAAGGCGUAGGGGGCGUUUUUAAAUUCGGCAAAGGUACUUGAAAGUUACAGAUACCUUGGUUGCUCAAGUCGAAAAAGGAAUAAUUGCAGUAUGGAGUGAAGUUUCAUACAAGAUUGUGAAAGUGGAAAGUUUACAAAGAUGUAUAAAUGUGAUAUUAUCUAUUCCAUGUUAUUUAUUUUAUAGAAUUAUUUUUACUGAAUAAACAUUAUGAACUUCA